UCAAUCCCAUCAGUAUAAAGCUCUGAGGUGAUCCUCAGAUCUGAGCACCAAGAACUCAGUUCUGGUCCUUGGCAGAUGGGCAUCAGUAUCAUUCACUAACCAGCAGGAUGGAGACCACGCCCCUUAAUUCUCAGAGGGAGGUAUCAGCCUAUAAGGAUGGAGAAGAUUGUCAAGAAAAUGGAGUGCUACAGAAGGGUGUCCCAGCCCCAGGGGAUAAAGCAGAAUCCAGCCAAAUAUCCAAUGGGUACUCAGCGGUUCCGAGCCCUGGUGCAGAUGAUACGCGGCACUCUAUCCCAGCUGCUGCCGCCACCACCACUCUCGUGGCUGAGGUCCAUCAAGGGGAGCGAGAGACCUGGAGCAAAAAAGUGGAUUUCCUCCUCUCGGUCAUUGGCUAUGCUGUGGACCUGGGCAACGUCUGGCGCUUUCCCUACAUAUGUUACCAGAACGGAGGGGGGGCGUUCCUCCUCCCCUACACCAUCAUGGCGAUUUUUGGGGGGAUCCCACUCUUUUACAUGGAGCUCGCACUGGGGCAGUACCACCGAAAUGGAUGUAUUUCAAUAUGGAGGAAAAUCUGCCCAAUUUUCAAAGGGAUUGGCUACGCCAUCUGCAUCAUUGCCUUCUACAUUGCCUCCUACUACAACACCAUCAUGGCCUGGGCACUGUACUACCUCAUCUCCUCCUUCACGGACCAGCUGCCCUGGACCAGCUGCCAGAACUCCUGGAACACUGGUAAUUGCACCAACUAUUUCUCCGAGGGCAACAUCACCUGGACACUCCAUUCCACUUCCCCUGCUGAAGAGUUUUACACGCGCCACGUCCUGCAGAUCCACCGGUCUAAGGGACUCCAGGACCUGGGGGGCAUCAGCUGGCAGCUUGCCCUGUGCAUCAUGCUGAUCUUCACUAUCAUCUACUUCAGCAUCUGGAAAGGCGUCAAAACAUCUGGCAAGGUGGUGUGGGUGACAGCCACCUUCCCUUACAUCAUCCUCUCUGUCCUGCUGGUGAGGGGGGCCACCCUCCCUGGAGCCUGGAGGGGUGUACUCUUCUACUUGAAACCCAACUGGCAGAAACUCCUAGAGACAGGGGUAUGGGUGGAUGCCGCUGCUCAGAUCUUCUUCUCUCUUGGUCCUGGCUUUGGGGUCCUACUGGCUUUUGCGAGCUACAACAAAUUCAACAACAACUGUUACCA